UUUUAGAGUUGUAAUGUGUUUGCCUUCGGCCCUUCGCGCUAAGUGCUGAGUUGAGCCUUGAAGAGUGACGUGACGAGUCGAUUAUUUGCAAUUUUUAAUAUUGUGUAUAUAAUAAAAUAUUAUAUAAAAUUCAAAUUUGUAGACCAAAGAGUUGCGGACUGUGUUGUAUUAGUGAUAAAAAUAAUAUUGAAAUAUUCAUCAUCUGAAUUUUAAACUUAGAAUAGAAGUUAGUGUACAUACAAAAUUCAAAAAUAUUAAAAAGUCAAAUUAAAACGUGUAAAAUAUAAAUUGCAAUAUCAUAAACAAAAUGGAUCACAUUAAUCAAAACGACAGUGUUCUUAUAAUUUGGAACAACGCCGGUGAAAACGAAAUAAAAAACCUUGUGAAUGAAAUUCAGACUAAGACCAAUUCACCAGUUAUUCUAGAAAACUCAUCAAUGAUCACUGAAGGUUCGAGGCAACUGUCAUCUUUUGAUAUAAUCAUUUCAAAUUGGUUUCCACCUUAUUCUAUUGAACACACUGACAAACUACUCUCUAUCAUUAUAAAACUCCUGAAGCCAAGUGGUAAAUUAAUUCUAAAGAACAACAAUGACAUUACCACGACAUUGAAACUGAAUGGAUAUUUAAAUAUAAAAUGUUCUGGGAACACAUAUAUUGCCGAAAAACCUAAUUUUGAGGUUGGGUCUAAAGCAUCAUUGAAAUUAAAUAAACCGGCUGUAUGGAAGCUAGAUGACACAGUAGAAGAAGUGUGGUCUCAAGCUAAUGAUGGAGAUACUAUUGAUGCUGAUAACUUAUUGGAUGAAGAAGACUUCAAGAAGCCAGAUCAGCAGUCUCUGAGAGUUUGUGCCACAACGGGAAAACGGAAGGCUUGCGCUGACUGCAGCUGUGGACUGGCUGAGGAGUUGAGGGGAGAAGUGAAAGACACACCUAAAUCUUCUUGUGGCAGCUGUUACCUUGGAGAUGCGUUCCGCUGUGCCACUUGUCCUUACCUUGGUAUGCCUGCAUUCAAGCCGGGGGAAAAGGUUAUGCUUGACCUUAAAUCUGAUGUAUGAUUUCAAGUAUUAUAAUUGAAUUAUAGCAUAUUUGUAUUCAUUUAUUUCGUAUUGUAACUGCAUACGGAAUAUAUGUUGUUUUUAAGUUU